AACCACGAGCCAUGGUGGUCAUAUAGCGCGGAUUCAAAGUGAUGAAUUCGCGAAUCCCUGGAUGGUCAGCGUAAUGAUCUCGAGAAAAGCAGAGUGCGGCGGUUCACUUAUAACUGCUCGAUAUGUUUUGACCGCCGCGCAUUGCAUUUCCCCAAAGUAUAUGAAUGUGCGCCUGGGCGAAUACGAUACCCGACAUCCCAUGUCGGACUGCAAUGAUUCCGGCUGCAGACCAAGGGCCUACAAUGUGGACGUGGAUAAGAAAAUAGUUCAUAGUAAUUUGGAAUAUGAUAUUGGUCUGCUGCGAAUGCAAAGGUGUGUGACAUUCUCAAACUAUGUCAGGCCGAUCUGCCUGAUUGUUGGCAAAACGUUUGGUCCCAUUUCACUCUUCAAUAUCACCGGAUGGGGUACAAAUAGUGAUGGGGAACAGCAACAUAGGCUACAGACUGCCACCCUUCAACAAUUACCGCAAAGCAGGUGUGAAAGUCCUAGAAGACCUCUCGAUAUAUCCUAUAUAUGUGCCGGCAGCUUUAGCAGUGAUUCGUGCAAAGGCGAUUCGGGAGGUCCUCUGAGCGCAAUUCGUAGAUUUCAGGGGCAGGAAAGGGUCUUCCAGUUCGGUGUCGCUAGCAAAGGACUUCGUUCGUGCGGAGGUUUGGGAACUUACACCAAUGUCACACACUUCACGGACUGGAUAUUGGAUGUUAUUCAAAACCAUUCAGGCGAAUUUGAUUGAGAUCAAAAUAUGUUUCUUAAGAUCAAUAUAAUAUUUUAACAUA